GCAAACCCCCGCAAAUCUCGUGUCUAGUCAGAGCUUGUGGUUGUUUCUUUCCUUCUUCACUUUCCCUUCCUCUUCUUCUCACCGUCGAGAUCCCGGGAUUUCUUCAUAGAGACAACCUGCUGGAUCGGUUACACCGCUUAUCCCGGCCGGCUACCUACGACCCUUACCUUACCUCGAAAGCGACCACCACCCACCCAUCCACUCACCCUCCAUUGUUCCUAUCAUCUUGCAGAGCUCUCAGAAAAAAGGACGGUAACAACGGCUGGAAACCCACAAUCUCGCAGUAGUUCGACCUUCCCUUCUGUAGCGAUUUGCGCCCGCCCGCUUUCUUUGUGUUCCAUUUGCCCAAAUCUUCAAUCGCCAAGCAAACACCCCGCGGGCCACACCAGGGGAGCAUUCAUUCUGUAAAGUGGUUGGUUGGGGCCUUGAAUGCGAGAAAAAAAGCUCCAAAGAAGUUCAAACGAAUCAAUUCGACGACAGCUUUCCCAACCUCCGCCCAAUAUUGGCAACUUUCUGACUUCUUUCUUCUUCCUUUCUUUCUUCCCAACCUCCGACCUUUGACUCCAACUUCUUUCUCUCCCGUCGAACGGGCCGUCGUCGCAGGUGUGUCGGCAAACUACCUGAACCUUUGAAUCUACGGUAAAGAGAAACGACGCCUAGACGCCGCACCCGAAGGAAAUUCAAGCAUUCCGGGAAUCUCAUUCUCUGGCCGGCCCAUCCGUCGCUGCCACUCACCGAGGCCGUCGCCGUUGCGAUACCACCGCCCUCGACAAACGACAACAACCCCCGAUCCCGACCGACCGAACGAAGACCGGCUGUGCCACCGCACUUGAAUUUCCAACUUGUCAAGCAAGCCGCAUGAGCCAGACCUCUUGGUUACCGCCGCAUGAUUCCACGAUAGAGAGGCCCCCGCAACCUCAACCUCGCGAUCGAGGCGGAACCCCGUCGCCGCCGUCAACCCAGCAUGACGCGCCCGCGCAUCCCCGCCCUCUACGGGAUCCUCCAAUUCUGCCUCCGCCUCACCCUCGUCGUCUUUGAGGUGUGCGCCCUCGCCGCCCUCAUCACCUUAUCGCGAUAUGGCUUCCACUUCCCGCUCGGAUACGUCACAUCCGUCUCAGGCAUAAUCUUCUCCAUGGCCGAAAUGGUCACCCUCGCAAACUCAACCCACCAGAUCCCCCGCAUGCGCACCGGCGCCAUCGUCGUCGGCGACUUCGUCCUCUUCGUCCUCGGCCUCGUCGCCUUCUUCUACUUCAUCAUCCUCAACGGCUGGCGCACGGGGAGCCCGGACCGCGAGUACCGCGCCUGGCGCGAGGAUCCGCUCAGGGUCGAAAAGGAGACGUGGGCGCCGUGGUACAUGUGGCUGCAGCUCAUCGCCGCGGUGCUGCAUUUCCUGUACAUGGCCAUGCACUGCGUCGACGCGUGUAAGGAGGGCGGGCCGGAGCAGCAGCGGCGGAGACGGGCACGGAGGAGGGCGAGGGAGGUGGAGAGGAGGGAGAGGAGGGCGGGUAUUGGGAGUAGUGAUCCUGAGACGGCGCAGGUGGUGCCGAGUUGAUGAUGCAGACGGACUCGGGACGGGACGUGGUCUUCUUGGGUGCUGACCUCUUUGCAUUGGGAGUUAUUUUGUUGGGUUCGGGCUUGGGGUGUUCUUGGCGUUUAGGAGAUGAAGGGUACGGGGAUUUCAUGAGACAUGGGCAAAUGGAUUUGGUGCGGCCUCGAGCAAGUGCUGGUCUUGGCCGGGGGAAGACGAAUAUCCACGUUCAUGAAGGACACUACUGAGGGAAGAAACGGACAUGUCUCCUUCUUCGCCUGGAGAAUGACACUUUUGGGAUAUCAUGGCGCAGACACAGAGAGAUUUUGGAUAUCCGACAGCCGUGUCGUAAUUCUAGACGAUGGUUCAUCAAGUUCUUACGGAACAUAGGACCUUGAAUAGCCUCCAACUCUCUCACGUUGAAGGCAC